UUUCGAAAAGCGCUCACCCGAUCUCUUCAUAGAUAUGUGUUUGAUUGUUUGGAUAAAUGCGAGUGUGACACCGAUGACGAAGUCGUCCACUGUCAUAACGGAGAACGUACUCAGCUAGCUCUGCCAGCAGGUGAAUCCGCUUGGUAUCUUUUAUUGAUUUUCGUGUCUGUGGAAUUAUUUGUUCAGUUAACUCUAAUAAUACUUCAAAGAAACCCAAAUGUGAUAGAUGUCGAACGAAAUCCCAACUUCAACUGCAGUUCGCUGAGUCAAUAUAAUGAAGUGAAAAUCAUCUCCGAUUGCUAUAAGAACAUCUCAGAAAUUGCUCGUGUGCCAAGAAUUUUCCGACCAACUCGGGACUGCGAUUUUUCAUGCCAAGCAGAGAAACAUUAUCAAGCUCUUCACAAAUAUGUGCUUCACCUCUGGUCGAUUUUGAAGCAAAAAUAUGAGAAUUUCAAUUUGGACGACACUCUUCGCGAAUUGCAAGAAUUCUUCAGAAUGGUUGCAAAUCGUGUAAAUCAGAUGGGAACGAAGAUUCAACCAGAAGCAGAACUCACGCCAAUGCCAGAGUUGCAAGAAGUAAAUGGCAAUUGA